ACUAGGAAGGAGUUAAUGUGAGGUUUGAGAGCUAUGUCAGUCUAGGAUUGAUGCUACUAUCUAUGGAACCCCGAGGCUCGUUCAUGAAUAUAUUGUGACAACUGCUUAUGGAUUGGCACUGGAAACCUGGAAACUUGUUUAAAAUCCAACAUCAGUCCUAGAGGGUCUUCUUCAUGACCGUGUCCCCAACACAUCUGUGGAGCUGGGAAUGGAAGCCAAACGGUCACGAGAACUGUUUUGAUGAGACAUAUCCAAUUCAAGAAGCAUCAUACUGGGGAGUUGGAUCUUUGGAGGAAAUUCAAGCUAAGAAAUUCCAUUUUCUUUUUGUGUUUCCAGCAUGUAAAGCGUGAGUGUAACUUGCUAGCACAUAGGUUGGCUUAGCUGCAUUCCCUUCACCAUGGGAGGGUGUUUGCCAAUAAGGAAUGUAGAAGAAUGUAGAAUCAAGAUGUCUGAUACAA